AUGAUGACGGCAGUUACAGAGCUGCUGUUGGAAACACUGGAUGAUCUGGGAAAGGAUGAGCUAAAGAUCUUUAAGUGGUUCCUGCAGCAGGCUGAAAUCCUGGAGGAUUUCCCUGCCAUCCCAAGGAGCCGUCUGGAAAAGGCUGACAAGCUGGACACACUGGACCUGAUUGUGCAGACCUACAAUGAACAGUCUGUGGAGGUGACCAAGAAAGUGUUGACAAAGAUCAACAGGAAUGACCUGGUGCAAAAUUUGUCCAAUGUCAGCUUGAGGCCCAAACAAAUUGUGCAUGAUGUUGGAGGAAUUUUGGAGAGCAGCGGUGCACCUUCUGCCUCUCUUCCUUCCCCUCAUACCAACAGCAGUCAGACUGAAGAUCUGCUGGAACCAGACCCUGACCCUUCAGAGCUCAUUGCAUUAAACAGAUGCACACUCCAAUCACACCUCCAGAACAGGUUUAUGUGUGCACAAGAAGGGUGGACGGAAAGGAUGGAUAAAAAACACCUAGCUGAUGUCUACAUAGAGCUCUACAUCACAAAUGGGAGUGGUGUAAACAUCAACAGGCAGCAUGAGGUCAGGCAUAUUGAGAUGGCAUCAAGAGAACCAGGGGCAACAGAGCAACCAAUCCAACCCAGUGAUAUCUUUACACACCCCUCUGGGAAAAACACACCUGUAAGAACAGUGCUGACCAGUGGGAUUGCAGGAAUUGGCAAAACGUUCCUUGUACACAAAUUCAUCCUGGACUGGGCUGAAGGAAGAGCCAAUCAAGAUGUGCAUCUCACAUUCCCCUUCACUUUCCGCCAGCUGAAUUUACUCAAGGGCAGAAGGUUUCGUUUUGCUGAGCUCAUUCACAAAUGUAUCAGGGAAACCAAAGACAUCAGUGAGGAGGAUCUUAAUGACAUUUUCGCUAAACUACAGGCUUCAGGAAACACCAACUAUGACAAGAGUAAAUUCAAACUUCUUUUUGUGCUUGAUGGGCUGGAUGAAAGCCGAUUUCAAUUCGACUUCACUGCUGACAUAAAUGCCACUAUUGAUGUGACACAGGCAGUUAGAGUAGAUGCCCUGUUGACUAGCCUCAUCAAGGGGGACCUGCUACCUUCUGCUCGCCUCUGGAUAACCACACGACCAGCAGCAGCUAGCCAGAUCCCUCUUGACUUCAUUGACAUAAUGACAGAGGUGAGAGGGUUCACUGAUGCACAGAAGGAAGAGUACUUCAGGAGGAGAUUCAGAGAUGAGGAGCUUUGUGGCAGAAUCCUCUCCCACAUCAAGACAUCACGAAGCCUCCACAUCAUGUGCCACAUCCCAGUCUUCUGCUGGAUUACUGCUACAGUUCUGGAGGACAUCUUGAAAAUGAGUGACAAAGAAGAGCUGCCCAAAACCCUGACUGAGUUGUACAUAGAAUUCUUGUUGUUUCAGAUCAGACAGACAAAAGAGAAGUAUGGCACAGAGAAGAGCAUUGAGUAUAUUCAGUUGCUAGCAAAACUUGCUUUUCUCCAACUGGAAAAGGGGAACCUGAUCUUCUACGAAAAAGAUCUCAAAGAGAGUGGCAUUGACUUCAACGAAGCCUCAGUGUACUCAGGAGUGUUCACACAGAUCUUUAAAAAGGAGCACCGCUGGAAGAAGGACAAAGAGGAGGAUAAGAUGUUCAGCUUUGUCCAUCUUAGUAUUCAAGAGUUCUUGGCUGCUGUUUAUGUGGUACAGUCACUCAUUAACAAAAACAAAAAUGUAAUGGUGCAACAACAGCUCAAGUUAAAAAGUGUCCAGAUGCUUUUUAAGAAACCCUCUAUGGCAGAGGUCCAAAGAAUGGCUAUUAACAAGGCCUUAAAGAGUCCAGAUGGACAUCUGGACUUGUUCCUCCGCUUCCUCCUUGGUCUCUCCCUAGAAACCAGCCAGAUUAGCUUACAAGGCCUCCUGAAACAGACAAUAAGCACGUCAAAGGACAAUCAGAAAACAGUGCAGUACAUCAAGGAAAAGAUCCGUGAGAAUCCGUCUCCAGAGAGAUGCAUUAACCUUUUCCACUGUCUGAAUGAGCUCAAUGAUCAUUCCCUAGUGGAGGAGAUCCAGCAGUACUUGAGUUCAGGAAGUCUCUCCACAGCCAAAGUCUCUCCUGCUCAGUGGUCAGCUCUAGUCUUCAUUUUGCUGUCAUCAGGAAAAGACCUGGAUGUGUUUGACCUCAGGAAGUACUCUGCUUCAGAGGAAGGUCUCCUGCGGCUGCUCCCCGUAGUCAAGAACUCGAAUGUAUUCUUAGUAAGUGGCUGCAACCUCUCAGAGAGAAGCUGUGAAGCUCUGGUCUCAGUUCUCAGCUCCCAGUCCUCCAGUCUAAGGGAGCUGGACCUGAGUAACAACAACCUGCAGGAUUCAGGAGUGGAGCUGCUUUCUUUGGGACUGGAGAGUCCACACUGUGUACUGGAAACUCUCAGACUGAGUGGCUGUAAGCUGUCCUGGAGAAGCUGUAAAGCUCUGGCUUCAGUUCUCAGCUCCCAGUUCUCCAGUCUGAGAGAGCUAGACCUGAGUAACAAUGACCUGCAGGAUUCAGGAGUGGAGCUGCUCUCAACCGGACUGAUGAGUCCAUGCUGUAAACUGGAAAGAGUCAGGUUGAAUGUGUGUAAGCUGUCAGAGAGAAGCUGUGCAGCUCUGGCCUCAGAUCUCAGGUCCCAGUCCUCCAGUCUGAGAGAACUGGACCUCAGUAACAAUGACCUGCAGGAUUCAGGAGUGAAGCUCCUUUCUACUGGACUAGAGAGUCCACACUGUGUACUGGAAACUCUCAGACUGUCAGGCUGCCUGGUCACAGAGGACGGCUGUGUUUCUUUGGCCUCAGCUCUGAGCUCCAACCCAUCCCAUCUGAGAGAGCUGGACCUGAGCUAUAAUCAUCCAGGAGACUCAGGAGUGCAGCUGUUGUCCGCUGGACUGGAUGAUCCACAGUGGAGACUGGAGACUCUCAGUGUGGAUCAUAUUGGAGCGUGCUGGUUGAAAUCUGGUCUGAGGAAAUAUGCCUGUGAAGUCACCCUGGACCCAAACACAGCAAACAAAUACCUCUCCUUGUCUGAGGACAACAGAACAGUGACACUGGUAAGAAAGAUGCAGCCGUAUCCUUACCACCCAGAGAGAUUCCACCACUGGAAGCAGCUGCUGUGCACAAGUGGUCUGACUGGCCGCUGUUACUGGGAGGUGGAGAGAAAAGGGUGGGUGUCUGUGGGAGUGACUUACAGAGGAAUUGGAAGGAGGGGGCAAGGUGCCGACUGCUGCAUUGGUCUCAGUGACACAUCUUGGAACUUGUGCUGCUCUCGGGACCGUUAUUCUGCCUUCAACAAUAACAGAAUGACAGCCAUAAGUACAACCAACUCUGUUUCUGACAGAGUAGCAGUGUAUCUGGACUGGCCUGCUGGUACUCUGUCCUUCUACAGAGUCUCCUCUGACACUCUGAUCCACCUCCACACAUUCCACUGCACAUUCACUGAACCCCUCUAUCCUGCAUUUGGGUUUGAGUAUCUGAUUAGGUUUGACUCCACAGUGUCUCUGUGUCAAGUGAGGGAGGGAGAGUUGCCUCCUGGAGACAAACACAACUGCUGAAACAAGAUCACACACACUAAAGACUUAUUUCUUUGGAUUUUCAUGUCACAAUACAAAACACAAUGUCAGUGUCCUAAUGUACUCUGCAUGGAGACAAAUAAACAGUGGCU